AUGACGGACGCAAAGGCUGCACUCGUCCAGGUGCUCACUCUGGCAUCCUCCUCAGACCCCGCUCAGCUCUCGAGAGCCAAUUCGCAGCUCGAGGAUUGGGAGAAGGAUCCCAACUUCUGGCUCGUACUCCUCCAGAUCGCUUUCGACACCGAACUGCAAGUUUCCUCCUCGUCUUCAUCGGGCACCUCGACACAAGAGCAACGCGACUCUGUCCGCAUCCUCGCCAUCAUCCGAUUCAAGAAUGGCAUCGACAAGUUCUGGAGAAGCAGGGUCAUGGCUCGCGUCACCGUCACCAUCCCCGCAGAGACCAAGCAGGCAAUACGCCACGCCUUGUUUCACUGUCUGCGCGAGCCAAACCGUACCAUUGCACUUCAAGCAUCGGUCUCAAUAUCUCGAAUUGCACGUCUCGAUUAUCCACGAGACUGGCCAGAUCUGUUCACCACACUGCAGCAAGCCAUGGUCGAAGCACAUGCGAAUCUCGCGUCACUGGGUCCGCCGCCUCAACUUGACCAGCCCGAGGAUCCCGCGAUAGCACAUGCACGCCAGCUCAACACCACUGUGCUCAUGCGUGCAGCCGAUGUCUGCUCAAAGACGCUCAAGGAGCUCGAGUCUGUCCGGGUCCUUGCUGGCAAGAUGCGCAUGACCGAGCUUUCGCGCGAACUACUCCCAGUGCUCCAUCCUAUCUUUCAGCAAUACUUCUCCGAGGUGUUUUCACUCAGCACAGGAGACGAUCUCGCUACACUCUCAACAUGGUCCAACACAGCGUUGCGGCCGGAACAGGUGCGCACCAGUCAUCUGCUGCUCAAAGCCAUCUCACGCCUUGCUGUGGCAGACAUUGGCAUGAUUUCGAGAUCCAACACAGCUCAGGGGGGCAGCUCGGCCAACAUGGCUCAGGCUUUCUUUCGAUCUACGCCGCACUGCUUGCAGACGCUCAAAGACACUAGACUGGCAUACCUGCGAUCGUUGCGCAGCUCGCAAGGCUCUUCCACCUCGUCCGCUGUCUCGACCGCGCUGGUCACAGCACUUACCAAGCAUCUCUACUCUUUCGGCAAAUUCUUCUUAUCACUCGUGCAAAGAGACAACGGAAAGGCCGCAUUCUGGGAAGGCUGGUCCGAGGUCGUGGCGUGGUACUGGAUGCAAGCCAAGGACGUAACUGACCAAAGUCUUUCUGUCCCGCGAGACGAGUAUGCAAAUCACUCCGCCAUCAUCGACUAUCCACCUCGCUUCGUCGUACAAGCGCUCGUACUACUCAAGUACUCGCUCACGCAAUGGAAGGGUAACCGCCCUGAAGGCGGCUUCUUCAUCACCCACGACUUUGCAAGGGAAGCCGCCGACGUUCUCGCAGGCCGACUCAUGCGCCUCAACAGCGACGAUUUGGAGCGCUGGCAGGCAGACCCAGAGGAAUGGGCCGUAGGGGAGGAGCAGGAGAAUCACGAACUCGACAUUCGCCCCGCAGCGGAACGCGCACUGAUGGUGCUUGCACAGCACACCAAGCCCGUUGGCUUUGUCGGCCAGCACCUAUGGCAGCACUUCGAAGCAUCGUCCAAACUCUCUACCGAUAACCAGGACGACGUAUUGGCCCGAGACGCGAUCUACGCAGCCGUCGGACGCUGUCGUGAACACCUCAGCCCCGCUGGCAAAGAUGACGAUCGUCCCAGCAUGGAUGUGCUCAUGGGCCAAGCCAUCGCCAACAAGCUCAUCCCGGAGGCGCGCCUCGGCAGCGUCACUUCGCCCAUGUGGGUCAUGAUCCGUCGCAGAAUCGCCUGGCUGCUGUGGGAAUGGUCCGAGCAGGUGCCGCGAGAAGCACGCCUAGACGUCUACGCACUUCUUGUCGACCUGCUCGAAGAUGUCCCCGACCAGACCGACGUGGCCGUCCGACUCGCUGCAGCGCGAUCCAUCUCCGCCAUCGCCGACGCCCUCGAAUUCGAUGCAGACGGGUUCGAGCCAUUCCUCCCCGAAGCCCUCCGAAACCUCGCCACUCUCGCUGCCGCCUCGGAUCUGCACGAGAUGGAGUCGAUCAAAGUAUGCACCGAUGCGCUGUCGAUCCUUAUCGAGCGCAUGGGACCUCGCAUCGCGCCGCACGCAGACGCCCUCGUUGAUCUCGUACCCAUGCUCUGGCAGCAGGACGAUCCGGACUGCAAGGCGCGUCCUUCGAUCAUCGUCUUCAUCUCCAAGGUCCUGCGCGCGAUCGAGAUGCUCCCCGCCACCGGCAGCAGUGGCGCGCUGAUGCAGAAGGUGCAUCACAUGGUCUCGCCCAUCGUGCGCGAGUCGUUGCAUCCGAAAGUAUCGCAUCUGCUGGCCAAGGACGCCAUCUCGAUGCUCUGGAUCCGCGCCCUCCAUUCGACGCCCACCAUGACCCAGCCGCUGUUCUCGCUGCUCGACCUGGCGAAAGACCUGAUCGUUCAGCCGGACUACUGCGUCGAAAUGUGUCGCGUCGUGGAGGAGAUCUCGUUGCUCAACCCGCUCGAGAUGCUGCAGACGUACGGGCAGGACUUGUUGACGGCCUUCGGGGGCAUCAUUGCCGACCCGUCGAACCCGAUGGUGCUAGCGCCCAUUUCGGCGCUCGACACGCUCAUCCAGGCGCUCGUGUCGCUGCCCAACUGGUCCGAGGUCUGCACCCGGUGGAUCGGCGCGCUCGAGUCCACCCGGCUCGCCGCUGCGCUCGUCGGUUCCCUGUUGCAUUUCCAGGACGCCACGCUGAUCGCGACGCAUUUCGUAGCGCUCCUCUGCCGGAUCGCGUAUCAUUGUCCGGGAGAUUCGUUCGUUCGACUCGUGUGCGCAAGUUGGACCCACAUCUCCGGUCCGGACUACCCGACGCCAGCAUCGGUCUUUCCAGCACUGCUCAAAUACAUCUGCAGCCGGUUCGAGAACAUGGCGUCGGCCCGCAAGCGGCGCGUGACAGCGUUGGGGCUCGCAUCGAUGCUCGAUUCGGCGAUCGCACAUUCGGAGCAGCACCCUGAAUCGGGGGAGGUGGUGCAGGCGGUGGUGGCGUGUACGCCAGAGAUGAUUGCUGUGUGGUCCGAGAUGUUGGCCGAGAUCAAGGAGUCACGACCGCUGGAUACGGGGAAAUAUCUGAGACCCACUUCGCCGAUCGCAUCGAUGGAGUUGGCCGAUGUGUUCUUUGACGACGAUGACGAGGGUGGUUGGUUGCAGGAUGUUUCGCCUGGUGCGGCGAGGGCGCAGCGCGUAGCGGUGGCGGAUGGGACUCUGACAGUGGAGGUUGGGGAGCAUGUUCGGCGGGUGUUGGCGCACGCUCAGACGAACCCUGGCUUCAGCCGUGUGGUGGAGACGAUGGAUCCGUUGGUGCUCGACAUGUUUCAAAAGGAUCUCAUGGGCUAA